AAACUAACAUGGCGUCACGUUUUACAAAGUUCUGUGUGAAUAAUUUUCACCUUCAAUCCUCUCCAUGGAAAGCUUUUAGACGUUUAAGGUCACAAAUUUUGGUAAGAUUCUUUUAUGAGUGGUUUGGAGUUUUUCCUGAGUUAGCUAUCAGAUGUAAAAUAACGCGUGGAUUGUGACAUGACCUUCAAUUGAGCCCUCUAGGAUUCCUCGCUCCAGUAGAAGAUCCUAGUCUUUUUUUCUUUGAGACAAAGAGCGACAGACAGUUCAUUUCAUUGCGAUAAAUCUUCUCUCUAAGAAAUAAAUUCAAAGUGAUAAGAUCCUCUCAAAUUUGCACUUUUAAGAAACGCUGCUACCGUCAAAUCAAUAUUAAUGCUUUUAUAAUUACAUACAGUGGCCAAAGAUACUUACAAGGAGCCAAUUAGCGUCUGUGUUUGAAAUUGACGAUCAGGGAAUUAAGAGAUAUCAUUAGUUCUUUUAGUUACACAAUAAAGCUGAAAAUGUUCUGGUAUCACUCUAAUUUACGGAAGGUUUCAGCUCAGUUUUCCGAUCCUCUUUCUCUGAUUUUAUUUGUAGAUUCGAGGCUUGUCCUCAGAUUCUGAUUUUAAGGUAUGUUACACACUAUGUGGCAUGGUGGCCUGUUAGGGAUCAUAAGUCCUAUCUAUUUGAUUAAUGUCGUGUUUUUUAACAAUCUCUUUAUUUCUGUCUCUUCACCUUUGUAAUUUAAGAGUGGCAUGCAAAUAGAAUUAAUCAGAAAGUUGGGAAAAAGUUAAAAGGAGACAUUAAUCCUUUAUGCCCGAACAUCAGUAUCCAUAUUCUCCAUUCUCUUCUUUAUACGUUUCCUUUAGUACUGACAAGGAGAAUUGGUUUUACAACCGUAGCUUCUUUGGGUGGCAAUCAUUUCCUUUAUUCUCAUGAUCUCAACAAAUGAUUUAGCCAAAUUACUGUAUGGAGAAAUUAGAUGCUGGUCACUCUCAGGGUUUAAAGGGUUAAACAGACUGUGCAAGUCAGUUAAAAAAUCUCCUUUCAGUGGUCCAACAAUAUAGCACAACAGUUUUUGAUACAAACUAUCUGCUUAAAAAUACUCAGUCUCUUAUGUUCCUUUAAAGUAAAUAAUGAGACUUUUCCAUCACUAAAAAUCCUCUCUCCCUCCCUUACUUACGUUGUGGUAUUUUUAUUUAUUUUUGUGAGGUGGCAUUGUAUAACCAAAUUUACCAGCUUGUCUUUUCAAGGCUCCUUUACUUCCCAUAUUAGUGUUUUAUGUUUUGAAAUCAAGGAAAUGUGUUCUGCACACAGUAUGAUAAUUACUGGUAAUACUGUGUAAUGGUCAGAAGAGUGGUUGUAAUAAUUUUCCUAUGAUUUUUCUUUUCAUCAAUUUGUUCUGAUUAAGUCUGCCCUUCUUAUCUGAUUAGCCCUCUUCUCUAGAAUGGAGAAUGUCAUUUUCUCAAAUAAAUGCCCUUGUUCUAAUAGGCACCCUCCCUGAAAUAAGUUCCCAUCCACAAGGCCAAAUACAGCAUCCUCUGGAAGCCUUACAAAAUAAUAAGUCCCCUUGUGGUUUAUGAGAGCAUUCAUGAUACACUUCCUUUCCUUGAAUAAACACCCACACUCUUAUAAGGACCCCUCCUUGAAUAAACACCCCCACCCACAGGGCCAUAAUGUAAACAUUUGCUUCUCUCAAAUAAACACUCUUCACCCCUCUUUUCCUUGCUUUCAGUGGGUAUAUAAGGAACACCUUUUUCUGUAGUCACUUUGUUUAUAACUUUUUGAGCUUCAGCAGGAUCAGAACAGAACAACAGUAAGUGCCCCCCAUAAUAAAGCACCCUCUUCCCAAUAAGCACCCAUCAAAUUUCUAAUAAUUAAGCACUUGUGCAUUUAUUUAUGUAAAUAUGGUAAGUUUCCAUGUUUUUAAUGUAUUAUAUAUUUUUUUUAAGUAUGAUAGGCUUGUAGUUGAACCGACCAAGUCUCCAAAAUCCAAAUCAGACUAUAAUACAUUAGUCUUUGGCGCUGAGUUUACAGAUCACAUGCUUAGUAUUGAAUGGACUGCAGAGAAUGGCUGGGCUGAUCCAAAAAUUAAACCAUACCAAAAUUUGUCAUUACCUCCAUCCUGCUCUGUCUUUCACUAUGCACUAGAGGUAGGGAAACACAGUUAUUUCCUUUAGAACCAUUUUCAAUUAAUUUUGAUAUACUCAUUUGGAUUUAUCCUUUGUGACUGGGUUUGAAGAAACUCAAUAAUUUACCGGUAGAUACAAAACUAAAACCAAUUGCAAUUUGGCAACACUUGCACAUAUUUUCCUGCACAUGAUGUUACUUAAUUAUAUGUUUAUACCUCAAAUUUUCAGUGGCCCCUCACAGUUCUAACCUUUGUUCAUAUUAAGCAUUGUGUUUAUUCAAUAAUUUGUUUUUAUUUUGAACCCUAAAAUGAUAAGAACCUUAACAUGAUGACUUUGUAAUUCAAAAUAAACUACAUUGUAGUCCUUCAUAUUAAACUGCCAUCAAUUAAUGGAUAUAGAAACUGAAACAAGCUGAAUAGACCAAACUCUGUUGAUCACAACCUUGUAAACUAUCUCAAAUGCUUAACCCUCAAGAAAUAGUCUUAUGGUGAAAUAAUUGUAUGUUGUCUUUGUUUGGAUAGAUUUUUGAAGGCAUGAAGGCAUACAGGGGAGAUGAUGACAAGAUCAGGUUAUUUAGACCCAUGGAGAACAUGAGAAGAAUGAACAGAUCAGCUGACAGAGCUUGUCUACCAGUGAGUCAUAUUUUUGUUUUCAACUGAGUUCAAAAUGAUAUUUCUGUUCUUUUAAAUGAGCUUAACAGAAUGAUAUUUUGAAUAUCAAGAACAGUUUAACUCUACAUGUUACCAGUUGCUUUGAGAGAGGUGGUACUGUAGCAGCAAAUCCAGGGAGAGGGCCACGAGGUCUAAACAACAGCCCCCCUUCCCCCUUUUAAUGAGACCAAUUGGUUUUUGUACUUCUUGUUUGACACUAAAAGUCUUGCAGUGACUGGAUUGCAUGUUUGUAGUCAAUAUGAAGUGUUCAAAUGUUGUUUAUCUUGAUUAUUUCUUAGCUUAUUAAGUUGGAAAUAUUUUCUUUGUUUUCUGAAUCAUGGUUUGGUGUCAUUCUUUCCCCCCUCCCUCUCUUUGUAAAAAAAAUUCCUGGAUCUGUCUCUGGAUUGAAGUGAUUGAUGAUGAGGAUGACUGACUAGGAUUUCAAUCCAUGAGCUCAAACAAUUUCGACCUUAAAAAUUCCAUGAUGGACAAACAUGGAUGUUAGGUAAUUUAGUGUUAACAACUGAUUUGAGAACAUAAAUUGGCCAUUGUAAAGGGUGAAAAAGCUGACAUUUCAAGCAUUAGCCCUUUGUCAGAGCGAGUGACAAAGGGUUAACACUCAAAACGUCAGCUUUUUUUACCCUUUAUGAUGGCCAAUUUACAUUAUCAACUCAGUUGUGAACACUAAAUUACCUGCUAUACUCUCCCACCGACGCAGCACCACAGUUUCUUUAGAAACUUACCUCUGUUAAACAUGGAUGUUGUUGCUUUAAAAUUAUCAGAAUUUUUCCCACUUGAGAACUGUUGUGUUGCUUCUCAUGGCAGGGUUUUGAUGGUGAAGAACUUGUCAAGUGUAUAAAACAUCUUAUUAGCAUUGAAAGAGAAUGGGUGCCUUAUUCAAACAAGUGUUCCUUAUACAUUCGACCAACUCUUAUAGCAACACAGGUAAGGUGGACCAUUAUAAUAAUUAAUAUAUAGAUUUAGCCAAGCCUAAAAGCAGAGCUUGCAUAUUUUUUUUUCCUGCACAUCUCAAGGGCACAACGCCUUGCCCUAGCCAGGACUAGAACCCUGGUCAUCUGACUUGGACCCCAGAACACUGACCACUGGACUACUGGACAAAACCGUGGCAUUGGUGUGCCUGCGGUACAGUUGACCAAACAUGUUAAAAGUAGUACCAUGUACGGUCGUACGGUCGUACAUCCAAAUUUUUUCGGCUUGAUGGGUUACUACUAUUUUGUUUAAUUAUGGGGCUACACUCUGCGAGAUAGCAAGCCUUCAAAUCACAGUAAAAUUCAACUAUCAUUCCUGGACUCGAACUGUUUUUUAUUUUAGUAAUUUUCAUUAAGUAUUCUUCAGCUAAAACCAUUUUACUUCUCUAUUACUAUUUCAUUGUAUGUCAAUUGAGUGAAUUGACAGGGAGUGCAUCAGCCAAUCAGAAUGCAGUUGUUCACCGAAGUAACAAUUUUCUUAUAGCCUGUUUGUAAAGUGGCAAGAUUUCUAAUCCUUCCUCCAUCCUAAAUUUUUAAUCUUAAGCCCAAUCUUGGUGUAAACAAGACGUCCUCAGCCUUGCUGUAUGUCAUCUUGUCUCCUGUUGGACCAUACUUCAAGACAGGGACAUUCAGUCCAGUUGCACUGCUAGCUGAUCCUUCUUUUGUCAGAGCCUGGCCUGGAGGUGUUGGAGACUGUAAGAUGGGAGGGUUUGUAUCUUAGAAUUUACUCUGUAGAAAACAUUAUGGCUUGGGAAGUAUUACUGAUAACCCACAAUGCAAAGAAUUCUUUUCUUCCCUCUCACUGGACAAGAGCAUACCAUGCAACCUGCUAAGUAAUGCUUUCACAAAUAAUGGUUUAAGAGUUUUGCUUCAAAUGAUGUUCAGCUCAUGGGUAGUUGUGUCCUUUUUGUGAAAAAUAGCAGAUUCCUCUCUAAGCUGUUUUAAAAUGAUUCCCAACAUUUUUAGAAAAUACAAUUAUUUUAGAUAUAUUUAUGUUUUGUUUAUUUUCAUAACAGAAAUUAUGGUCCUACCAUACUUGCUCAAAGACAUGCAGAAAUGCAAGGCUUACAACAGGUUCUGUGGUUGUAUGGUGAAGAGCGACAGGUCAGAAAAUAUAAAAUAAGAGAAUUCUUUGUAUAGAGGAAGAAAAUAUAAUCAGCUGAUUAUGAUUCUCAAAGCACCACUUUAAUAGAUAUUCACAGUUCACAUAUUUUUUUCCUCACAGAUUACAGAGGUUGGAACCAUGAAUAUAUUUAUGUUUUGGAUUAAUAACGAUGGAGGUAAGCAUAGGAUUUAUUAUCAUUUGAUGCAUUCCAUAAGCCAAUAGCUGAUCAGUGAAUUGUAAAUUGCUGCUUACAAACAAUAGUCUGAUCAUGGGUAACACCAUCUAACUGUUUUGCAAUACAAGUAAUUUUAUCUCUGCGUGUUACUGUAUCUUAGCUGUUCUGUCGGUGGAAAAUGGCUAGUCAUGUUGCUGACCUAGCUAAGAGUGGUGACCAAAAACAUAUAGGAUGAUACAAUAGUUAAAUGAUAACACAAGGACUUUCAGGUAACUCUUUUAACUCCCAGUGAGUUAAAAGGGUUACAGAAGUGAUUAACAUGUAACUUCUCCCCAUAAUAUCCAUAUGUUACCCAGAAAACAGGUAAUGAGAACAUUCAGACUUAUCAGGUAGAGGUUGUUAUCUUGAUUGCACACCAAAUUCUCAUAACUUAUUUAUAAGAAAAUGUGUAGCAGACAGAGGGGAGAAUUAACAAUCAGAUCUUGGGAGCUAGAGGGUUAAUAGUGUUGCAUAGAUCACUAUAUUUUCAUUGGUUAAUGUCAUCCAGCAAAUGAUCAAUGACAAAGAGAUGAAAAAAUGCUGAACACAGCAUACUUCUAAGACGGUUAAAACAACAUUCUAGCCAUUCUAUAGAAAGGCUUUUUUUUUUAAAUUUUCGUUCAAGUGAUCACCAUUAUGAAGUUUAUCCCUUUCUUAAUCUGGUUUUUUUUCUCAUGUUUUUUAUUUCAGAGAAGGAACUGAUCACCCCACCCCUCAAUGGUUUAAUUCUUCCUGGAAUUACACGAAAAUCUUUACUAGAACUGGCCAAAAGCUGGGUAGGAAACCUUUGUUUAAUACUUUAACUCCCAGACCAAAUUUGUAAUUCUCCUUACUAAGAAUCAUACAAUUGUUUUGAUGGUAGUUUAGAGAAUUCAGUAUCAGAUCAACUAAUUAUCCCCAAAUUGAUAGUUUUCUUUAUUCUCAUCACUUGUAUGGUUGAUAUUGUAUUGAUAUUGUAAGGAGAAAUUCUGUCUUGGUCACUCAUGAGAGUUGAAGGUGAGAGGAGGAUAGGAAAAGGAACAACAAAGGAUAUUGUAAGACAACUUUUGUUCUAAAAGAGGUUGUUGAUUUGGGCCUGAGAGUAGGUAAUACUUUGUGGAAUCUCAGUUUCUGGAAUUUGGAAUUGCUUUUACCUUAAGAAAUUACAUACUUUUUUAAUUAUUAUUUACAUCCUAAUAUCAAAAAACUGCUAUUCACUGAGAUUUUAUCUCAUGGACUUUGAAUCAUUUUAAAGUGAUGUCAUAUUGCCUCAACUUUUUUAACCAAACGUUUUCGUGAAAUAGGAAAACAACAUAUUUGUACAUUUUAGUAUACUUUUUGUAACUAAGUUUGUACUUCCUCUUUUCCCACAGGGAGAAUUCAAAGUUGUAGAAAAGGAAUUUAAUAUGGACGAUGUUAUACAAGCUUCACAAGAAAAUAGGGUAAAGAAGUUCACUCUUGACACUACCUAACUAGACUUUUAUAACUGCUUUAGUUCAUAAACAUUUAAUUAUGAUAACUUUUUCGUGGAAAAAAGUAUAGGCAAAACGCGACAGGCUCUCAUUGCAGAUGUGAUGUUGAUUUAAGAAUUAGGAAAGAAUACAAGUGCUUGUACCCGUGACACCCCCCCCUUUGUAAGCAAACAACUUGCACAACUUGCAAUAUUUAGGUGGCGAAAACUGGUGAUUACUCUCCGUUUGAUUCAGUGUAACACCCCCCCUCCCCUUUAAAACCCCGGCUACGCCCUUGGUAUAUAUUUGUAAGUUAAUUCAAGUCAUCAUAAAUCUGUUGUUAAGCCACUUUUUGUUUUGAAACUGUCGAGUGGCUCAGUGGAAGAGCGUUGGAUCGUGGAAUCCGUAGGUCUGACUCACUGGGAGGCUCUAGAUUUUUCCCUUUGUUCCGCGCUCAUGACAAGGUUGAAAACGUCUUUCUCCGUUUCAUUACCAAGCUCAAGAUUUCUCAUCUUUCUUAUUUAUUUUGCGAAACUUAAUGUUAUAUUUUGUCAACCCUUUCGUAGAUAAAGGAAAUGUUUGGAGCAGGAACAGCCUGUGUGGUGUGUCCAGUGAACAGAAUUCUUUACGAGGGACAGGUAGGAGAAUAAGAGAAACAAUUGAAAUCUGAAUUGCAAGACCAGUGUGAACUUUAGGUACCCAGUCACUACGGUGACAUGUCAACUCGCCGAUGCCUUUGGUCAACUUACCAACAGUCGUACUUGGUCAACUCGCCGACAUACCGGUCACUUCGAUGGCAUCCUCGGUCACUUCGCCGACAUUCUGAAGGUGUCGGCGAGUUGGCAAAUGGUGAACGUGAGUUGACUAAUAGUGUAGGCGAGUUGGUUGUCGGCGAGUUGAUAUGUCGGCGACGUGAUCGGUAACAGUCAUAUUGGGGCCAAAGUCACUCGUACUUGUCCAACACACUUUUUGAUAUCAUUCAGCAAACGAAAUAAAGUGAAGUAUUGAAACGAAGGUAACAAUUGGAGCGAAAUAUACAUUUGAAGCAGAGGUAACAAUUGGCACGAAAUGAACAUUUGAGGCGCUUGCUAAAAUAAAAUAAGAAAUAACAAGUUACCACAAUUAUACGCAAAGAAAUCAUCAAAUGAAAAAGAAAAAUUAAGGACGACAAAAGACACUUACAAACGUUGUACGAGAUCCUGGCUGGCUAAAGAUAAUAAAAAAUGAUUAAGAAAACGAUGGCACGGUGCAAGUCAAACGAUAAAGCCGAAUGAAUAAAAGUUUCGGCUAAGAACUUAUACGAAUGACACAAACGAAAAAAAAUUAUGCACAAAAAAAAGUAUUAGAACAUCGAUGAAAGUAAUGGACGUGAAAACAAAAGAACUUAAUGAAAAAGCGACAAAGGCGAAAAACGAAUAGCGUAAAAAUAAAGUCCAAAUAAUUUUGGCGGCAGCAAGUCAGAAGAGUCGAAACUACUUGCACAGUUCAAACGGUAGUGCCCAUUGAUGGUUUCUUUCCAAUAACCUGUCUGGCACUUCUCCCAUUUUGUCCCUCAUUUUAUAGAUGCUCUUUUUCUUGAGGGACUUAUUCGUCCUUGUAAUUCUCUAUGUCGUUGUUUAGAAUAUCAUGAUUCCCACCAUGGAAAACUUGGAAGUCACUAAGAGAUUUUACGACGAACUAACUGCGAUACAGGUAUGUUUAUGGUUAACGGGGUACUGGCAUUGGCACGAUACUGUUUUAUGAAAUUGAACGACAAGGUGACGUUGUUUUUCCAAGAAAAUCAAUCUUUUCUGUCUGUUCAUGUACGCUGUUUGUUACUUGCUGAAAGCAUAGAUUUAUUAGUGGAGAGGAAUGGUAUGACGGGAAAUUUUUAGGACUCGUUUUUGAAAUUAUUAAUUCAGGUGGACAAGGACAUUUUACGUUUUUUUAGGGAAACGUCUGGGAAUUUCAAAAACGCAUAACGGUAGCAACCAUGUGGUACGGAAUUUCUCGUGCCAGACUCUUCACAAACCCUAUCACAGGCUCGCUUCUUUAGCCGGCACGAAAAAUCGCGGCUUUAGCGAUUGAAAAGACAAAUUUAUACCAGACACAAAGGGGUUUUUCUUAGCGUCAUCUUCUUAACAAGUGCUACCCUGAUAUCAUUAUCUUCAUGUUUUAUCUUUCAGUAUGGUCGCAAUCCUUCUCCUUGGAGCGAAUUUGUGGAUUAAAUACUGAAAAAUUAGCGGGCGCUAGCGGGUGCGUGGCCGGUAAAAGUUGAUCUCCUUGCGCGUGCCUUACGUUUGACCUCUGUGAUGCAGUUUUUUCAAGUGCGCUUUCCCGCGCUUGACACUGAUACGUGAAUGGAAAUUAAAUAGCUAGACUCUUUUUUUCUCAUUUUCCUGUAGCUUAGAAGUGCUUCAAGAAAAAUACGUUUUAAUGAACUGGUCAAGCGAGAACUCUUAACUUUUUUCAUGAAAAAUACAAGCACUAUCGGGUCGCCAUUGCAUUCAAAUUGAAUCUUUCAGUCGUGCUCUGAAGCAUGAUUGCUGGAAAGACCUUCUUUCAGAGGCUGAAACCUCGUUUAAAUGUCAUAGGGUGUAUCUGUGAUUUUAGAUUGCAGGUAAUAAUUUCAGAGAAAUCUUACUACUUUUUUGAGCUGACGAGCAAAUUUAAGUUAUUUAGGCUUUUGGUUUGCUUAAAGCAACGUGGGAUAAAAUAUUUUUGUUAAGGUGGAGUGCGAUGGGAUUGUUAAACCACAUCGUAAUGUUUUUAUUAUUUUAUCAUUUUUCGACAAGGAAGUCGUAAUUUUUUAACUUAUAUAGGUUUAAAGAAACAGUGUACACCUUAUUUAGAGGUGAAAACAGGUUUUUUUUUCUUUUCCUCUAUAUGCUAAUGACUCGAUCGCACUCUAUGUAGUAGUAUGACAUUUUAUUUAUCCAAACAUUGGUGUACUUUAAUAAACUGUAGUGGGUUCGUUUGAUAAUUGGCGUCUGCCAUGUCAAUACUUUCCUUUCUCCCCUUCUGUGAGAAAGUGUGUUGGUGGAGGAGGGAGGGGUAAAUAAUCCAUCGGGAACUUUGCAAGAUAGAGAGUUUGUGUCUGGAUUCUUAAACCUUUUCUUUCUUUUCUUUCUCUUUUAGACGAAACCCGGUCAUUUUGAUACCCUAAUUUAGACAAAAGAAAAAUUGGUGUAGUGUGGAAGAUCGACUUCAUUCUAUUAAGUGUAUCAUACUCAGAUAAAUCAUUUUAGUUAGGAUUAAAAACGUAAUUGCCAAUUGCCACACAUUAGGCCGCGUAUCGUUGACGCCAACACUUUUUUAACCUUUAACUCCGAUGAGUGACUACGACAAUAUCAAUACAAUAUGAUUAAGCAGACAAGAGACGAGAAUAAAGAAAAAUAUCAGUUAGGGGAUUAUUUAUUGAUCCAAUACCAAAUUCCCCAAUCUUACAUCUUAAGAA